GGCUAUCGUUAACCAGUUAACAGAAUCUCAGUUAGACGAGUCGGUCGGAUGUGUGUCAGAGGUUAUGUCGAUUGUAAGAUAGCCUUCAAACUAUCGACAGCGUAGUCGUGAUGCUCUUCCAAUCCAGCUCCAUCUCUUGACGCCAUGACUGGUGGAAAUAAGAGUCUCGAGGGGCCAUUGUUCCGCGCGAUGAUCAGGGCCUGCCUGCUAGCCGGAAGAGUAUACACCGCAAUAGUUAUUAGUACAGGCGCCAUUGCUGGAUUAGCUCUCUGGUUUCCUCCAGGGAAAGCUCUUUGGCAAAACGAUGCACAGAAGAAUCUUGGCUUCAACCAGUUCUUGGAGUCUCUGUCACCCAAGACUAGAGAAUGGUGGAUUAACACUUAUGGUUCUGCACUGGCCCCGUUUAUCAAGACGGCUCUGUCUCCUCAUACUGUCGAGAGCUCCUGGUAUCUGAAUUGUAUUUGUGUGGAUCCGAAGUAUCAACGCCAAGGAAUCGCCACAAACCUGAUCAAAAUGGUGGAACAGCAGGCAAUGACGACCUCCAUCCUUGCGCUCUGCACGGAUACCGAUGUCAAUGUGCGUGAUUAA